AUUUGCUUAUGCAAUCAGUACUCCGGCCGUUAUAAAGGGCAAGCUAGAGAGUACUCCCAUAAUCACCCAAAGCCCCUUCUCAUCUUUUCUCUUUCUUCUCAACCUGUUAGGCGUAUUUCUUUUCAUUUUAACAAAUGAUGGGGGCAUUAACUUGGCUAUUUCAAAUCCUUCUCUGUUUCUCGCAAUAUCAGGUUGCUUUUUCCUCAUUGUCUCUCCGGCCGUCUUUUGCUUCUUCUGCAAACAACCCCUUGUGUCGUCAUGAUCAGAGGUCUGCGCUGCUGCAAUUUAAGCAUAUGUUUACUAUAAAUAGCAGUGCUUCUUACUAUUGUGAUUAUAUUGGUAUUCCUUCAUAUCCAAAGACCCUGUCUUGGGAUGAGAAUGCAGCUCAUGAUUGUUGCGAGUGGGAUGGGGUCACGUGCAAUGGGUUGACUGGUCACGUGAUUGGGCUUGAUCUCAGUUGUAGCCAGCUAUAUGGUACUAUCCAACCCAAUAGCAGCCUUUUCCAGCUUUCUCACCUCCAACGGCUCAAUCUGGCUCUCAAUCACUUCAAUUUCUCUCGCAUUUCAUAUGCAUUUGGCAGCUUUGCAAGUUUGACGCACCUCAACCUAUCCCGGUCUGCUUUUUCAGGUUCAAUCCCAUCUGAACUCUCCCUCCUGUCCAAACUGAUUUCACUUGAUCUCUCUUCUUAUCGGCUGAAACUUGAACCGCUCCAUUUCAAAAUUCUCGUAAGAAACCUAACCCAGUUACAAGAACUCGUCCUAAAUGAGGUAAAUAUAUCUUCUAGUUUACCCGAGUCCUUGACGAAUUUGUCUUCUUUAACAGCUCUAGACCUGUCAUGGACCAAAUUGUUAGGGAACUUACCUGAUAGCAUUUUCCACCUUCCAAACUUGCAGAGGCUCUUGUUACAAAACAACGAAGAUCUUAUUGUCAAUUUACCAAAAUCAACUUGGGGUAGUGGUAGUUCUCUAAAGGAGUUGGAUCUUUCUUAUACUAAUUUGUCCGGAGAACUACCUGAUUCAAUUGGCAAUCUCAAGUCUUUGAAAUCCUUGCAUCUCUAUGAGACGAGUUUAUCUGGAAAACUACCUAAUUCAAUUGGCAAUCUCAAGUCUUUGAAAUCCUUGGAUCUCCAUUGGACGAGUUUAUCUAGAAAACUACCUAAUUCCAUUGGUUUUCUCAAGUCUUUGAAUUACUUGAAUCUUGCUUUGUGCAAAUUACGGGGUUCCAUUCCUAAAUCUCUGGGGAACCUUACGCAGAUCCGUGAACUAGAUUUGUCGGGAAAUGGUUUUGACGGUGAAGUCCUAUCUACUCUCUCAAAUCUCAAGCAACUCACUCUGUUAGGACUUUCCUCCAUCAACCUCGAAGGCAGAAUUCCUCUUUUUGCCGAGUUCACAAAGCUGGAGACUUUAUAUCUAGGGGAUAACAAUUUGAUUGGUGGAUUUCCACUCUGGCUUGCGAACUUGAAACAACUUAGUCUUCUAUAUAUAUCUUACAAUCAACUCACAGGUCCCAUCCCUUUCAAUUUAAGUGGUUUUCAAAACCUGCGAGCGCUCUACUCAUCUUAUAACUCUUUUAGUGGGGUAAUACCUCCAUCGUUGUUUACUCUUCCGUCAUUGAUUGAUUUAGACUUGAGUUCCAAUAAUUUAACUGGCGAAAUCCCUGAGUUCCAGCAUCAUUUACCAUUGAGAUCCAUUUCCUUGAGUGACAAUAAACUUCGUGGCCCCAUUCCACAGUCAAUUUCAACUCUUGCAAAUCUAACCUGGCUAUCUCUUGCAUCAAAUGAUCUGAGCGGUGUUGUGGAUCUGCAUAUACUAAAAAAUGUUGAGUACUUUGAUAUUUCCAACACUAAUCUUUCGGUGGUCGCUGGAAGCAAUGUCAACAAUACCCUUCCCAACCUUAGGGGGGUCUAUAUGUCGUCUUGCAACAUUGAGGUGUUCCCUGAUUUCUUAAGAGCCUCAGAGAAUCUUGAAGAACUAGAUCUUUCAACCAAUAGAAUUCAUGGGCAGAUUCUGAACUGGGUUGCGUUCAUUGGUAAGGCUUCACUGCGGUAUUUGAAUCUUUCUAACAACUAUCUCACACACAUAAAGCAAUUUUCUUGGGAGCGACUAGAAACUCUUGAUCUUCGUUCCAAUUUACUUCAAGGACCACUUCUCAUUCCACCCCCCUCUAUACAGUACUUUUUGAUGUCAAACAAUAGUCUUUAUGGAGAGAUUCCUUCAUUGCUUUGCAAUGCGAGUUUCCUUCAAAUGCUUGAUUUGUCUCACAACAAAUUGAGCGGUGAGGUUCCACAAUGUUUGGGUAAUUCUAGUAGUAUUCUCAUGGUGUUAAGUCUCCGCUCCAAUGGAUUUAAGGGAACCCUUCCCUUGACAUUUGAAAAGCCCAACCAGUUACGAUGUCUCGAUUUGAGUGAAAAUCAUUUUGAAGGACCACUUCCAAGAUCUUUGGUAAAUUGUAGAAGCUUGGAAGUUCUAAACGUCGGAAACAACAAGUUUAAUGAUACAUUUCCAAAUUGGUUGGGGACUCUUUCUGAGUUACAGGUUCUUGUCGUACGAUCCAACCGAUUUCAUGGUCCCAUAAACACUGGAAUGAGUGAAUUUUCCUUUCCUAAGCUUCGAAUUGUUGACCUCUCCUAUAAUGAGUUCACUGGCCAUUUGCCAAUGAGGUACUUCGAAAAUUUCCGAGCUAUGAAGAACACAACUAUGCCGAGCAAACAAUACAUGAGUGUGGGGGGUAGUUAUUAUCAUGAUUCUCUCCUAGUGACAAUAAAGGGCCUUGAGAUCGAACUGGUGAGAAUUUUGACUAUCUUCACAACAAUUGAUCUUUCAUCCAACAAUUUCAGUGGAGAAAUUCCAAAUGCCGUUGGAAAGCUCAAUUCCCUCAAAGUGCUUAAUUUUUCUCAUAACAGUCUUACAGGCCAUAUUCCUGAAUCUUUGGGAGACUUGACGAGCCUUGAAUCAUUAGACAUCUCUUCUAACCACCUCACCGGCAGAAUUCCAAGCCAACUAACAAAUUUGACAUUUCUCGAGAUCUUGAACCUUUCGUGCAACCGUCUCCAUGGACCCAUACCCAAUGGUCGACAAUUUAAUACAUUUGAGAAUGGUUCAUAUGCUGGGAACUUAGGAUUAUGUGGAUUUCCAUUGUCGAAGGAAUGUGGAGAUAAUCAAACAAAAGUACAGCCACCAGUGUUCCAACAUGAGGAAGACGAUUCAGAUUUGGAUGGAUUUACUUGGAAAAUUGUGGUUAUAGGGUACGGGUGUGGAAUGACAAUGGGACUCUUUCUAGGAUCUCUCAUGCUCUUAAUUGGUAGACCUAGAUUCUUUGUCAAACUUGCUGAAAGAAAGUUGCCUAAGAAGGUGAUAAGAAUGAGGAGAACGGUUGCAGACAUAGUGGCUAGAAAAAAAUAGCAAACAUCGAUCGCAUUGUCAGGUACAAGCUAGGAAGGAAGGUUUGUUGCUACAUGACAUAUCGUUGGAAUAUAGGAUGGGAAGAUAUAUGGGCAAGAAAAUGACGAGUUUGGCCUGCAUUUCAUGUUAUUAUUGGAGAACUUCUUGUAAUAGAGUGGUUAUUCGUGAUUUUGCUUCAAUUGUGGUGUACCCUAGCCUUCUGGUCUGAUGUUGUUUGUGGUUUGUUUUUUUUUGCAUCAUUUUCAUCUAGUAAUGAUUUGGCUUCAAACAUUUUCUUUGGGUUGUAUUUGUUGAAGUGUGUGGAUAUUGUGGAAUAUGUGAAAGUGCAUUUGAAAUGUAUGAAAAUGUCUGCCUAAAAGCGUGUUGAGACUUUGGAAAGCGUAGUCUUAUUGAAGUAGAUAGACAACUCUAAAUUUUCCUCUCAAUAUCACCUUGACUUUCUAUAAAUCGAGAAAAUGAGACCUCAUCAACAUAUGGGGAC